GGUCUUAAAACUGGUUUAAUGGGGUACUGCUGCAUGGGCUUUAAAACUGCAGAUUUUCAUGUGGCCUUACGGGUUUACGCUAGAGUGGCCACUGGCUUCACCCAAGAAAGCCGGACCUCACUGGCUAUGCCCCCCCAAUCGCCGGCCGGGAAAAAAACGGGGAGAGGAGAGGGAAGAAGUUUCUGAGGGGAAGGUGAGCUGGGGGCUCUCUCCCCCUCAGUCAGCCACAGGGAGUCAUGUCUGCAGCUCUUGUCACUGAUUGGGGGUAAGAGAAGCCUCAGUCAGUUGCUGCAGCUCACACUUAGACAGCACAGUGCUGCUGUCUAAGCGUGAGCUACUUCAAGGGUGGACAUCCCUGUGUCCGUCCAGGCCCUGCGCCGGACGGAGGACAGGGAACCAGAAAACCGGACUCUCCGACCUAAAACCAGACGUCUGGCCAACCUAAAUUACGCUAUAGUAAGGAGGGCUGCUUCUGGGGAGGACACUAGCUGGGUAAUUGGUGGAGCAGGUUGUUGAUGGCUCCCUGCUCCACCAUGGCGUCCUUAAGAGGCAGAAACAGUUGAAAAAGAGACAUAUAUCACAGAAGAGCCACCAAAAUCCAGAACUGCCCCAUCGGAUCUGGAACAGUUGGAAGCACGUGGUGGUCGAGCACUGAGGACCUAUCAGUGGAAGAAUCAUCUCCAAUAUGGAUAAUAGGGACAUUUAACCCUAAGGGUGAAAAGUGAUCCUGGAAAGUAGUAAGUCGAUGUGAUGUCCACUACCUCCUGAAGUUGACCCACCGAGAAUGGACGAGGACAGAGACCUCAUGGCUGCGAGGAUAUUAGACCUCACCCUAGAGAUCAUCUACAUGAUAACUGGAGAGGAUUACACAGUAGUGAAGAAGUCAUCUGGUGAGUGUGUGACACCCCAUGUGUCAGGAGAAUGGAGCAGGACCCCAGGAGCCAUCACCGAGCCUCCACCUCAUUCCCUGAUACAUGAGCAGAAGAUCCUAGAACUUACCACCAGGAUCACUGAGCUGCUGACCGGAGAGGUUCCUAUAAGGUGUCAGGAUGUCACUGUCUAUUUCUCCAUGGAGGAGUGGAAGUAUUUAGAAGGACACAAGGAUCUGUACAAGGACGUCAUGAUGGAGGAUCACCAGCCCCUCACAUCACCGGAUGAGUCCAGUAGGAGAAAUCCACCGGAGAGAUGUCCCAGUCCUCUAUAUUCCCAGUAUUGUCCUGAGGAAAAGCAAAAUGUCCCACUGGAUCAUCAGGAAACAACGAGUGGACCUGAAAACCUCCCAUUAGAGUCAGUGAAUGGUGAAGACUGGAUGAAAGGCUUCGAUUCAUAUCUCCCUUUAUUUCCCUUUUCUACUGUAGAAGAUAAUCAAUCGCAGAUUGGAAAAAUGAGAACUGGGCAUAGACUGGGUAAACAUUUUGGAUGUUCUACAUGUGGGAAAUAUUUUAGAAGGAAAUAUAGUCUUCUUGCACAUGAGAGAACUCACAGUGAUAAAUGUCCAUAUACAUGUUCUGAAUGUGGGAGGCGUUUUUGUAAGAAAUCACAUUUUGUGGACCAUCAGAGAACUCACACAGGAGAGAAGCCAAACUCAUGUUUAAAAUGUGGAAAAAGCUUUAACCGUAAAUCAACGCUUAAUAACCAUCUUAGAAUUCACACUGGAGAGAGGCCAUUUUCAUGCUCAGAAUGUGGUAAACGUUUUAGACAGAGAUAUAGUCUUGAUGUGCAUCUGAAAAUUCACACAGGGGAGAAGCCAUAUUCAUGUUCAGAAUGUGAGAAGUGUUUUAGGAAAAAAAAACAACUGGCUCUUCAUCAGAUGACUCACACAGGAGAGAAGCCACAUGCCUGUUCAGAAUGCGGGAAACGUUUUAGCCGUGAACAAGAUCUUGUGAAGCAUCGAAGAACCCACACGGGGGAGAAGCCAAAUUUGUGUUCAGAAUGUGGGAAGUCUUUUAACCAUCAAUCAGACUUUGUGAGGCAUCUAAGAAUUCACACAGGAGAGAAGCCAUAUUCUUGUAAUUUAUGUGGGAAAGGUUUUCGCAUGAGGCCAAAUCUUGUGGAUCAUCUGAGAAUUCAUACAGGGGAGAAGCCAUUUUCAUGUUCAGAAUGCGGGAAGGGUUUUGUUCAGAGACAUAAUCUUAUGGUACAUCAAAGAACUCACACAGGGGAGAAGCCAUUUUCAUGUCCUGAAUGUGGGAAAUGUUUUAGUCACAAGUCAACUGUUGUGACACAUCUAAGAAUUCACACAGGUGAGAAGCCAUAUUUAUGUACACUAUGUGGGAAAUGUUAUAGCCGGAAAACGGGUCUUGAUUCACAUCUGAAAACUCACUCAGGUGAGAAGCUGUUCUAAUGUUCAGAAGAUUGUAUGAAAUGUGAAAGGUGUGGAGCUCGAGUGUAGGACCUGUUACCACAGGAUGCCUUCUAAUAUAUAAGUUAAUGGUGCUGUCCAUUAUUAGAAGACCAUAGCUGCUUGCCUCCAAAAACAGUGCCACAUCUGUCCACUGGUUGUGUUCAGUAUUGCAGUUCUUCUACAUUUAUUCUAAUAGCGCAAAGCUGCAACACCACUCACAACCUAUGGACAGGUGUGGUGCUGUUUCUGAAAGUGAGCAGCUAGGUUUUUCUACUCCAGGGGUGAACAUACCAUAGAUGCAACCUGUGCAUCUGCCCCAGUAGAUAAGUAGGGAUCCACUGCUACUUAAAAUUAUCUUCUUACAUAAGAUAUUGGAGAUUAAGGGGCCCAUAUAUUGUUCUUACGCAGUGGCCCUGUAUUAUAGACUGCCUUUAGUUGACAUAUCAUACCAUACCUAGUGAUACAUAAAACGCAACAUUGCCAGAAUCUCAAGAAUCUGCAUAAUAAAGUUAACAUGAUAAUUUAACUUUUUCCCUAUCCUCCCUCCACCCAAAAAAUAAGACAUCCUAUUGCAAAAGUAGGAAAGCAUAAAAAAUACACAUUUGCUAUUGCCAUAAUCAUAAUGACCCAUCAAAAAGAAGUCAAUCCAUAUAGCCUCACCACACAUCAAUAGCCCCACAUCCAGCUUCAGAGCUCCGUUUUAACACCAUCUCUUUCGAAAUGCAGGAAGAAAAAGUGAUUCAUCGAUCCCGUGCAAUGUUUUGGGGGACAUGCCCCUCAAGGCUAAGGGGGCAUGUCCCUUAAAAUGUGGCAUGGGAUGUUGAAGUGUGGAAAACUCAGUGUUCUUUGCAAUGAUUUAGAGCUCAUGCACACGUGUGCCGUCCGUUCCAUGCAUUGGGGAGUGCACGGGCAACAUCCGUGUGGAUUCCGCAGACGGAUCCAGACCCAUUCAACAUAAAUGGGUCCGUGAUCUGUCCACACCGCAAAAAAAUAGAACAUGUUCUAUUUUUGGCGGUGUGGAGGAACAGAGAGAAGCCUCACAGAAGCGGUCCGUAGUGCUUCUGUGUCUCCGCUCCGCACGGCACCUUUCUGAUUUAAGUGAAUGGCUCCUCUUCUGUACUACGGUGUGCACACAGCCGGUGCCCGUAUAUUGUGCAUGAGUAUCAAGACUUGAAUUCCUUUACUGUAAUAUUUUUGUUGUUUUCUCCUUUAUGUUCUUUGUUUUGUUCGUUUUUGUUUUUCAGCCAGACAUAAUUCCUUAUACUGUAUGUAGAGAAGAGAA